AUGGAUCAUCCUGGUUGGCAACCGUACCAAGAUCCCACCAUGGGCCAGCCCCCCGCGCAGUUCAAUAACGGGUUGGCGAGUCACCCUCCCCAGCAGCUGAACACCAAAUAUGGCCAGCCGCCAGCUCAGGCACAGCCGCCCGUGGGAUACACAUACGAGAACUAUCAGACGCCCGGCACCUCUUCCAAACCUCCCUCUGCCCACUCUGCUCAUCCUGGGUCCAAGCCCGCCUCGAUGGCCUCUUCGCCCACGGCCACGCCGCGCUCGCGGGAGUAUGUGACCGAUACCGAUACCACCAUGGAGGACGCAGAUCCCUACAACCGGGCCAAAUAUCCGUCACGACCAACUCAUCACAGUCGCGCCUCCUCGCAAUUCCUCAGCCAGGCCGAGGAAUCGUCCGCCGCGCGCAGGUACUCCCCAAUGAACGUGCUGUCGCCGCCCAUGUCAUACCCAACGAGCCCAGGAAAGCCUCCGGGUACAUACGACUCUUCCCCCUCGGCCUCCGCACAGGCUCGACGGUCGCCCGCCCGAGCUGUCAAUUACACGUCGCCUCCUCAGAGCUACCAGUCUCCCCCAGGUGAGCGCCUCCCCAUUGACCAAUGCAAUCGCAUUGGUCCUCCAUUAUCCCUCUGCUGUUGCUUACAUUUCUUCCUUCUCUCGUCAGCGGCUGGUCGUGUCCCUCGUCUUCCCCCUCUCCAACCUGGCGAUCUGAAUACGGAUCACUUUCCCCUCUCAUCGACUUCCAGCCACGUGAGCCCGACAUACGGAGCAGGCCCACGGGAGCCGCGGUCGGCGGCAGCGCCGGCGCCCUAUCCAGGUCGCGGUCCGGUGCCCAAGUUUCAGAAGAUCAAGACUGUCCAAGAAUUGCAGCCUCGUAUCCAUACGCAGCCUGCUUAUCGACGAGCCAAUCCCGAGGGUGGCUUCAUCAGUCCUCUUCAAGCGUUGACCACUCAUCUCCCAUCCACCUACCGCAUCUGUAAUCCCAAUUUUAACUAUGAAUCGUCAAGGAACCCUCGUCGCGUGUUGACCAAGCCGAGCAAGGGGGUGAAAAACGACGGGUACGACAACGAGGACAGUGAUUACAUUCUUUAUGUCAACGAUAUCCUGGGGAGUGAAGAGGCCGGCCACAAGAAUCGAUACCUCAUUCUCGAUGUGCUGGGACAGGGCACUUUCGGUCAGGUGGUAAAAUGCCAGAACUUGAAGACGCAAGAAGUGGUGGCUGUCAAGGUCAUCAAGAACAAGACGGCCUACUUCAAUCAGAGUAUGAUGGAGGUGUCUGUUCUGGAUCUUCUCAACAGCAAAUAUGAUAAAAAUGACGAUCAUCAUCUUCUCCGCCUCAAGGAUACGUUUAUUCAUCGACAACAUCUGUGUCUUGCCUUUGAGCUGCUCAGUGUCAAUCUUUACGAGUUGAUCAAGCAGAACCAAUUCCGAGGACUCAGCACUACACUCGUGCGCGUCUUUGCUCAGCAACUGCUCAAUGCAUUGAGUCUUCUAAACAAAGCUCAUCUGAUUCAUUGCGACUUGAAACCGGAAAAUAUUCUGCUGAAAAACCUCGAGAGUCCCAUCAUCAAAGUCAUUGACUUUGGCUCUGCAUGCGACGAGCGCCAAACGGUGUAUACGUACAUUCAAUCCCGAUUCUACCGUUCGCCUGAAGUAUUGCUCGGUUUGCCAUACUCUUCCGCGAUCGACAUGUGGUCUCUGGGUUGCAUUGUUGUCGAGCUCUUCCUUGGGUUGCCUCUUUUUCCUGGAUCCUCGGAAUACAACCAGGUGUGCCGAAUCGUCGAGAUGCUCGGCCUCCCUCCAACUUGGAUGUUGGAAAUGGGCAAGCAAUCGGGCGAGUUCUUCGAGAAGACCCAGGACGAAUAUGGUCGGAAGACAUACCGCUUGAAGAGCUUGGAGCAGUACUCGCGGGAACACAACACCAAGGAGCAGCCCAGCAAGAAGUACUUCUCAGCAUCGACACUAGAGGAAAUCAUUCGAAGCUACCCCAUGCCCAGGAAGAAUAUGAAGCAAGCUGAAAUCGAACGAGAGCUCAACAACCGGGUAGCAUUCAUCGACUUUGUACGGGGUCUGCUCACAAUCAACCCGCUCGAGCGCUGGUCGCCGCAGCAAGCCAAGUUGCACCCCUUCAUCACUCAGCAAAAGUUCACGGGUCCGUUUAUGCCGCCCAUGAACUUGAAAUAUUCGGCGCCAAACAAGACCGUCGCUCCCGGUGUUCAGCAGCAACAGCAGGCUGAAGCUGCCAGCAAACAGCGGGCUGCUCAAGCCGCUCAUGCGCAGUCAGCGUAUAACAUGCAAAUGAACCAAUACCAUACGCCACCUGCCCAUACCCCGCAGGCUCCGCCAAUCUACAACGGCAUGUAUCAACAGGGGGCACCUCCUCCGUACCCGACACAGCCGCCGGGCUACGGCCAUCAGAUGGGAAUCGUCCAGGGUCAGGUUCCCCAGCAAGGCCAAUACCCCCCGUCUCAAAGCCUCUAUGCUCAGGCAACAACGAGGGCCGGACGCCAACGCGCCUCAACGAUGGACGUACAGGGAGGUGGUGUUCCUACAACAAUCCAGCGUGUGGCAAGUCACUUAGAUCCCAAUGCCCCAAUCCGGCUGCAGCCCAGCCCGGCAUAUUAUCCCCCUCCGCCUGAUGGCUACGUGGAUCCGAACAACGCCAACCAGCGGCGGCGCGGGAGCCGCGCUAAUGGACAAGGAAACCAACGAAACCGAGACUUCAUUCGCACGCUUGAGGAUGGUGUGCUAGGUGAAAGCUACAUGGGUCAAAACCAGUGGCACUAA